AUCAAAAUAAACAUCAUGUCAAGUAUCGUCUAUCUAAGAAUUUUGGGAUAUGUAGCGACGAUAGCGAUGCAUGUAGGGAAUAUGGCGUAUUUGAAUUUCAAUAUCAAGAAAGAGCUUAUCGAUGAUCCAGAAUUGAAAACUUUUGGAAAGUUGCAACCGCGAUACUUUACUUGUUGGACAUUUUUCCUACAAAUACUUCACGCGAUUGUAGGUCUAAUAUGUGAUUACCUCAUAAUAAGUAACGCUAAAAAUAAGGUUUAUAAGCUACCGAAAUAUUUGAAGGGUUUUAAGAAUACUUUAUUCAGUGCAGUAUUAUGGCCAUCGACAUGGAGUCAAGAUGUAAUUUACACCGGUUUUUUGCAGGUGGUGUUUACAGUAUUCUGGUCUCUAUUUCUAUACGACAGACAGCUCAUAUUCCCAACUUUCGUGGACAAAGUGUUAACUACAACCUCUAAUCAUAUUAUGCACACAGCUAUCGUAGGUGUAGUUUUGUGGGAGGUAAUUUUCCUACCAAGGACUGAACCUAGAUCUCAUAAACGAAACCUAUUUCAUUUAACAUUCCACUUGCUAUUAUAUUUUGCUGUUCUAGUCUACACUUACAUUGAACAUGGUGUGUGGAUCUACCCCAUUUUCUCUAAGCUUUAUGGCACUAUAUUUUUCCCCAUACUUCCUAUCAUUAUAGGGGUUGUGGCUAUAGGUUUUUAUUACCUUCAGUGGAGUUUAACUAGACUUUUUUGGGGAAAUAAAUCGAAAGCAAAGAAAAUUAGA